GAAGUUUGAGGACAGGGUGGGGUGACCACGGCCACGUCAGUGCCAGCGGCAGCUCCGGCCCUGGCCACAGGCAGCGCCCUACCAUGAAGUGGCAGCCGAGCCCUCGCCUGCUGCUGCUGCCGGCACUGGUGGCACUGGUGGCACUGGUGGGGCUGCGGCUGCGGCACAGACCCGAGGAGCCCGUCACCGCGGCGCCGGGCCCGACUCCUGCGGCAUUCCAAUGGCAAAGGGUCCCGCUGCUUCCAGCCGGGAACACCGCGCUUGCCGCCCGGCACCCGCUGCGGCCGCCGUAUCCGCAUCCCUACCGCUUCCUCCUCAACCAGCCCCAUAAGUGCCGGGAGCGGGCGCCAUUCCUGGUGCUGUUGGUGGCGACGGCGCCGGAGGCCACCGGGAGCCGGGAUUGCAUCCGUCGGACGUGGGGCAACGAGAGCUCGGUGCCGGGCGUCUCCAUCGUGCGCCUCUUCCUCCUCGGCGUCCAUCCGGUGUUCGCCGACGCGCUGGCGCCGGUGCUCCACGAGGAAAACCAGGAAUACGGCGACCUCAUCCAGCAGGACUUCCUGGAUACCUACAACAACCUCACGCUGAAGACGCUGAUGGGCAUGGAAUGGGUGAGCAAGCACUGCCCCAACGCCACGUACGUGAUGAAGGCCGACACCGACGUCUUCCUCAACCUCUCCUACUUGACCCGGCGCUUGCUGAUGCCGCCCAAGACCGGCUUCGUCACCGGUUACGUCUACCGGGGCACGGGCCCGAUCCGGAGCAAGGCCUCCAAGUGGUUCGUGCCCUACGAGGUGUACCCCGACGCCACGUACCCGCCGUACUGCGCCGGCCCGGCUUACGUCCUCUCCGCCGACGUGGCCGCCGGCGUCUACGCCGCGGCGCAGACCUUGCCCCUCGUCCCCAUGGAGGACGCCUUCGUCGGCAUCUGCCUCCGCGCCCUCGGCGUCGCCGUCACCGCCGGCCCUUGGGGCGCCUUCUCCGUGGGGCGCAUCCCCUACGAGCCGUGCCGCUUCGCCCGCGCCGUCAUGGUCCAUCAGUACCCCCCCAGGGAGGUGCUGGCGCUUUGGCCACGCUUCCAAGAGGCCCAAGGCAGGUGCAAGGGGGACUGA